AUGCACGGACCGCCCUCCGGCGACAGCGCAUGCCCAUUGCGCACGAUCAAGAGAGUUCAAUUCGGCAUCAUCAGCCCAGAUGAGCUUAAACGGAUGUCGGUUACAGAAGGGGGAAUUAAAUACCCCGAAACAACAGAAGGAGGACGCCCUAAACUUGGUGGCCUUAUGGACCCCAGACAAGGAGUUAUAGAACGCACUGGGAGAUGUCAGACAUGUGCAGGCAACAUGACAGAAUGUCCAGGCCACUUCGGCCACAUAGAACUGGCCAAGCCAGUUUUCCACGUUGGCUUCAUCACAAAGAUUAUGAAGGUUCUACGGUGUGUCUGCUUCUUUUGCUCCAAGCUGUUAGUGGACUCGAACAACCCAAAGAUCAAAGACAUCUUGGCCAAGUCCAAAGGUCAACCUCGGAAACGUUUGACACAUGUGUACGAGCUCUGUAAAGGAAAAAAUAUCUGUGAAGGAGGGGAGGAGAUGGACAACAAGUUUGGUAUGGAGCAGCAGGAGACAGAGGAGGACCUUACCAAGGAGAAGGGUCAUGGUGGCUGUGGGCGCUACCAGCCUCGCAUCAGACGUUCUGGCUUAGAGCUGUACGCUGAGUGGAAGCAUGUUAAUGAGGAUUCCCAGGAGAAGAAAAUCCUGCUAAGUCCUGAGCGUGUGCAUGAGAUCUUCAAACGCAUCUCAGAUGAAGAGGACAUCAUCUUGGGCAUGGACCCCAAGUUCGCUCGUCCAGAGUGGAUGAUUGUAACUGUACUUCCUGUUCCUCCUCUGGCUGUCAGGCCUGCUGUUGUCAUGCAGGGCUCUGCUCGCAACCAGGAUGACUUGACGCACAAAUUGGCCGACAUAGUGAAGAUCAACAACCAGCUGAGAAGAAAUGAGCAGAGUGGAGCUGCAGCUCAUGUCAUUGCUGAGGACGUGAAGCUGCUUCAGUUUCACGUAGCCACUAUGGUGGAUAAUGAACUGCCAGGCCUGCCGCGGGCAAUGCAAAAGUCUGGCCGCCCCCUUAAAUCCAUAAAGCAGCGUUUAAAGGGAAAGGAGGGUCGAGUUCGUGGUAAUCUGAUGGGGAAGCGUGUGGACUUCUCUGCUCGAACUGUCAUCACUCCAGAUCCCAACCUGCAAAUUGACCAAGUUGGCGUCCCACGAUCCAUCGCAGCCAACAUGACCUUCCCUGAAAUCGUCACACCCUUUAAUAUCGACAGAUUACAAGAGCUUGUACGAAGGGGCAACAGCCAGUACCCGGGAGCUAAAUACAUCAUUCGUGACAACGGAGACAGAAUUGACCUGCGAUUCCAUCCCAAACCAAGUGACCUUCACCUGCAGAUCGGCUACAAGGUGGAAAGACACAUGUGUGAUGGAGACAUCGUCAUCUUUAAUCGACAGCCUACACUACAUAAAAUGUCCAUGAUGGGGCAUAGAGUUAGGAUUCUGCCCUGGUCCACGUUUCGACUCAAUCUCAGUGUGACCACUCCAUACAAUGCUGACUUCGACGGGGAUGAGAUGAACCUCCACCUGCCUCAGUCCCUGGAGACGAGGGCAGAGAUUCAGGAGUUGGCCAUGGUCCCGCGUAUGAUCGUCACCCCUCAGUCCAACAGGCCCGUCAUGGGAAUUGUGCAGGACACCUUAACAGCAGUGCGCAAAUUCACAAAGAGAGAUGUCUUCUUAGAGAGGGGUGAAGUGAUGAACCUGCUCAUGUUCCUUUCCACGUGGGAUGGGAAAAUGCCCCAGCCGGCCAUCCUCAAGCCCCGUCCAUUGUGGACAGGCAAACAGAUCUUUAGCCUCAUCAUUCCUGGACACAUCAAUGUCAUCCGCACACACAGCACCCACCCUGAUGAUGAAGACAGUGGACCGUACAAGCACAUCUCACCUGGAGACACCAAGGUUAUAGUGGAGAAUGGUGAGCUGAUCAUGGGCAUCUUGUGUAAAAAGUCUCUGGGAACCUCAGCCGGGUCCCUCGUCCACAUCUCCUACCUGGAGAUGGGCCAUGACAUCACCAGACUGUUCUACUCCAACAUUCAGACUGUGGUCAACAACUGGCUGCUCAUUGAGGGUCAUUCCAUUGGUAUUGGUGACUCCAUUGCUGAUGCCAAGACAUACCUUGACAUUCAGAAUACUAUCAAGAAAGCCAAACAGGAUGUGAUAGAGGUCAUUGAAAAAGCCCAUAACAACGAGCUGGAGCCGACCCCCGGUAACACACUGAGGCAAACCUUUGAGAACCAGGUGAACCGUAUUCUCAACGACGCUCGAGACAAAACUGGAUCUUCUGCCCAGAAGUCCCUGUCAGAGUACAAUAAUUUCAAAUCCAUGGUGGUGGCUGGAUCGAAGGGCUCAAAAAUUAACAUCUCACAGGUUAUUGCUGUGGUGGGGCAGCAGAACGUGGAGGGUAAACGAAUCCCUUUCGGCUUCAAACAUCGCACACUUCCACACUUCAUUAAGGAUGAUUACGGUCCAGAGAGCAGAGGCUUUGUGGAGAACUCAUAUCUGGCCGGAUUGACACCAACUGAGUUUUUCUUCCACGCCAUGGGAGGAAGAGAGGGUCUGAUUGACACAGCUGUCAAGACAGCUGAGACAGGUUACAUCCAGCGUCGUCUGAUCAAAUCUAUGGAGUCAGUCAUGGUGAAGUACGACGGCACUGUGCGGAACUCCAUCAACCAGGUGGUGCAGCUGCGUUACGGUGAGGACGGCUUAGCUGGAGAGAACGUCGAGUUCCAGAACCUGGCAACAGUCAAGCCUUCACACAAAGCCUUUGAAAAGAAGUUUAAGUUUGACUGCACCAACGAGCGAGCGCUGAGGCGGAUGUUACAAGAAGAUGUGGUGAAAGACGUGCUGACAAACGCCCACGUGCAGAGUUCCUUGGAGAGGGAGUUUGAGAAGAUGAAGGAGGACCGGGAGAUCCUCCGAGCCAUUUUCCCCACUGGGGACAGUAAGGUGGUGCUGCCCUGCAACCUGGCCCGAAUGAUCUGGAACGCUCAGAAAAUCUUUCGCAUCAACACUCGAACCCCGACAGACCUGAAUCCUCUAAGGGUGGUUGAGGGUGUUCAUGAGCUGAGUAAGAAGCUGGUGAUUGUAAACGGCGAUGACCCUCUGAGCAGACAGGCCCAGCAGAAUGCCACACUGCUGUUCAACAUCCACCUGCGCUCCACGCUCUGCUCCAAGCGCAUGACGGAGGAAUUCCGCCUCUCCACCGAGGCUUUCGACUGGCUGCUAGGAGAGAUCGAGACCAAGUUCAACCAGUCCAUUGCUCAUCCAGGUGAGAUGGUCGGCGCUUUGGCUGCUCAGUCGCUGGGAGAGCCAGCCACUCAGAUGACCCUCAACACUUUCCACUACGCCGGUGUGUCGGCCAAGAACGUAACACUAGGUGUGCCACGUCUGAAGGAGUUGAUCAACAUCUCCAAGAGGCCUAAGACCCCCUCGCUCACUGUUUUCCUGCUGGGUCAGGCGGCACGAGACGCUGAGAGGGCAAAGGACAUCCUCUGUCGACUGGAACACACCACUCUGAGAAAGGUGACUGCAAAUACUGCCAUUUACUACGACCCCAACCCUCAGAACACAGUGGUGGCGGAGGACCAGGAGUGGGUGAACGUCUACUAUGAGAUGCCAGACUUUGAUGUGACUCGCAUUUCGCCGUGGUUGCUGCGUAUCGAGCUCGAUCGCAAGCACAUGACUGAUCGCAAGCUGACGAUGGAGCAGAUCGCAGAGAAGAUCAACGCAGGUUUCGGAGACGACCUCAACUGUAUCUUCAAUGAUGACAAUGCUGAGAAGCUCGUCCUGCGGAUCAGAAUCAUGAACAGUGAUGAGAACAAAUUCCAGGAGGAUGAGGAGGUGGUAGACAAAAUGGAUGAUGACGUGUUCCUGAGGUGCAUUGAGUCCAACAUGCUGACAGACAUGACCCUUCAAGGCAUCGAGCAGAUCAGCAAAGUGUACAUGCACCUGCCCCAGACGGACAACAAGAAGAAGAUCAUCAUCACAGAGGAUGGUGAGUUCAAGGCUCUGCAGGAGUGGAUCCUCGAGACAGACGGAGUGAGCCUCAUGAGAGUCCUCAGCGAGAAGGACGUCGACCCCGUCAGGACAACUUCCAACGACAUCGUGGAGAUCUUCACGGUCCUGGGAAUCGAAGCUGUGCGAAAGGCUCUGGAGAGGGAGUUGUACCAUGUCAUCUCCUUCGAUGGUUCCUACGUCAACUACCGUCACUUGGCUUUGCUCUGUGACACCAUGACCUGUCGAGGUCACCUGAUGGCCAUCACACGUCACGGCAUCAACCGUCAGGACACAGGACCCCUCAUGAAGUGUUCCUUUGAGGAGACGGUGGAUGUGUUGAUGGAGGCGUCAUCCCACGGUGAAAGUGACCCCAUGAAGGGAGUGUCAGAGAACAUCAUGCUUGGCCAGCUCGCCCCCGCUGGAACAGGCUGCUUUGACCUGCUUUUGGAUGCUGAGAAGUGUAAAUACGGCAUGGAAAUCCCAACAAACAUCCCUGGCAUCAGUGUGGCAGGACCAACUGGAAUGUUCUUUGGUACGGUUCCGAGCCCCAUGAGUGGUAUGUCACCUGCCAUGACCCCCUGGAACACAGGAGCGACACCAGCCUAUGGCGCCUGGUCCCCCAGUGUCGGCAGCGGCAUGACCCCUGGGGCGGCAGGUUUCUCCCCCAGUGCUGCAUCAGAUGCAAGUGGCUUCUCUCCAGGCUACUCUCCAGCCUGGUCCCCCACCCCUGGGUCUCCUGGAUCUCCAGGCCCUGCGAGUCCUUACAUCCCAUCUCCAGGUGGCGCCAUGUCACCCAACUACUCACCCACCUCCCCCGCCUAUGAGCCUCGUUCACCUGGCGGCUACACCCCCCAGAGCCCCGGCUACUCCCCGACAUCCCCCUCCUUCCCCACUUCUCCGUCCUACUCCCCCACCAGCCCCAACUACAGCCCGACAUCACCCUCCUACUCCCCUACUUCACCCAGUUACUCCCCCACCUCCCCCUCCUACUCCCCAACGUCUCCAUCUUACUCCCCAACGUCUCCAUCCUACUCCCCCACCUCACCGUCUUACUCCCCAACCUCACCGUCCUACUCCCCCACCUCGCCCAGCUACAGCCCAACGUCACCGAGCUACAGCCCGACGUCGCCUUCCUACUCUCCCACCUCGCCCUCUUACUCCCCCACCUCCCCUUCGUACUCUCCUACUUCUCCAUCCUACUCCCCCACCUCCCCAUCCUAUUCCCCGACUUCUCCUUCCUACUCUCCAACCAGCCCGAGCUACAGCCCCACAUCACCCAACUACACCCCCACCUCUCCCUCUUACUCCCCCACCUCUCCUUCCUACUCCCCGACGUCGCCGUCUUACUCCCCCACCUCCCCCAACUACACCCCGACAAGUCCCAACUACUCCCCCACCUCCCCGUCAUACUCCCCGACCUCUCCGUCCUACUCGCCCUCCAGUCCUCGCUACACCCCGCAGUCACCCACCUACACCCCCAGCUCCCCCUCUUACAGCCCCAGCUCCCCAUCCUACUCCCCCACCUCCCCCAAAUACACCCCCACCUCCCCUUCGUACAGCCCCAGCUCGCCGGAGUACACCCCGACUUCUCCCAAGUACUCCCCGACCUCGCCCAAGUACUCCCCGACAUCGCCCAAGUACUCGCCGACUUCUCCGACCUACUCCCCGACUACGCCCAAAUACAGCCCCACCUCUCCAACCUACUCCCCCACCUCACCCACCUACACCCCCACAAGCCCCAAAUACUCCCCUACAUCCCCCACCUACUCCCCGACUUCACCCAAGUACUCCCCGACAUCCCCUACGUACUCGCCAACUAGCCCCAAAGGCUCCACGUACAGCCCCACCUCUCCGGGAUACAGCCCCACCUCCCCCACCUACAGCCCCGCCAUUAGCCCUGAUGACAGCGAUGAGGAGAACAACUGAUGGGCUGCAGCGGAGCUGGGGGGUCAGAUGAGGAGGACACCCACGCAGAACCCCCAUCACCCCCCAUGAAGGACGGUGCCCGUGGUGGAGCUUCUGUUGGCAUCCUCCAUCUUCAAGGCCUGGGGGACUUUUCCCCCUCUCACCCCAGAAAAUAACUUUAACUAUAGUUAAAACAUUUAUGUGAAAGACUUGAACUGCUUUGCCUGAAGGAAAAAAAGGCUGCCUUUUGAAAUUUACUCUAGUUUUUUAAUUUUCACAUGGGGUGUUGAAGCAAAACUGCAAAACUGAGAGGAAGAUGAGGGGAAACGCAUAAGGGGAGAUAACCCUUUUUAACUACUGCAUCCAGUCUCUCUCUCUCGUUUUCAGUCUAAAUAUUGGGUGUAUUGUUGUUCCUGGAAGUCGUACAUGUUGCCAAAAGCCUUUUCUUUGUGGAUUGUACUCAUCACUAGAGCAUAAGCUUACGACAAAUUCGCAGAGUUAAGGUUUAGACUUUGUUUACUGGUGUAUUUGUUUCCACCGUUUGCUGCUUAUGUAAGAACAUGAGGACAUUUGGCAGAUAUAUUUAAAAAGUCUGCUUCAGCUCAAGGAGAAAACUCAUGACAGGAGAGAGAAACUGGCUUGCACCCCGCAACCCCCCAGUCUGAACAUCCAGAAUACAUAGAAGUAUGUACCCAUUGCCCUCCCAUCUUCCUACUUCACGCCCCAGAGAAAACGAAACCUGAAAGAUGUCACAAAAACAUCCACCAGCAUCCUCUUGUCCUGCAUCAAAAGCAAAAAAAACUUGAAAAAAAAAAAAAACUUUUCCAGAUUAAUCUUCCCUUCACAUUGGGAAUUUAAAAAAACAUUUAUAUGAAAAACUACUUGUCAGAAUGAUUAUUCUGUCUUUAAUUUUGAUUCUAGGAGGAAAUGGGGCUCAUGUGGAUGAGGGAAACUAGUUUUUUGGCGUUGCUGCUUUUGUCAUUGUUUGCAUGAGUAGCACAUGUUAAUACAUUUUAAUCAAGCUUUAGGUUGAAAUUUUCUUCAAAUCCCUCCUGCUUCUUUAUAAUUCGCCCCAUUUCUGAUAGUGUACGCAGGUUUUCAUUUUAUUUGGACUCUUCAGUUUAUUUAAGGAAAUGUUAACUACUAUUCUGUGUGAAUAUGAAUAGAGGACAAAUAAGAAUUAAAUUUUUUCUCUCGUUUGCUUUUGGUGACUUGUAAACCUGUUGGCAGGAGUUUCAUGUUCAUAUACUGUGGAUGAAGGGGCAGGGGAUGGAGGGGAGUUCUUUUUCUUUCUGCGCUCAACGUCUUUUUUUUUUUUUCUUUUUUUUUUUUUCAAAGAACCGACCAGUUGUAAAACACUGCUGUCAGACGUUCGUGAUAGUUCAAGGGUGACAUGUGCCCUCCUGUUGGCCUUUUCUCUACAACUAAACAGAUUAUUCCUCUCAAAGAUCGUCCAAAGAAACGGCGCAUUAGGCCUCUCUUUAAAAAUAUUUUACCCACUACAUUAGUGUGAUCGUUUUUCAGAUCCUGGUGCUUUUUCUCACGUCUCAACCUCCUGGAAACCGUCUGUACAUCUGAUUUCUCAUUAGCUGGAUCUCCUCCCUCUUCCUCCUUCAUCCACAAAUGGUCCUCAUUUCUGAAAUCAGUGUUUUGUUUUGUUUUUCUACCAGUGUAUGUACCUGUGACCAGGGGAAUUAUGUGGAGGGGGGGGUUAUGUUUCAAAUCUGACCAGGAGUCCUGACCAUCAUCAUCCUCUCAAACAGAAGACAAUUUGGGUGAAAGUGUUUAAUUUUUCUGGAACAAUUAUUGCCUCCAAGGUCUUGAACUGAUCGGACCUGGUUUGGUUCUUGCACUUAGUAAAUAUUGCAGUGGAUCCGAUGUUUGGUCCCACAGUCUGGUCUGGUCCAGUCCAGUCUGGUCUGGUCUGGUCAGUCCAGGACUCAGGACUCCUGGUUGUAUGAAUGUCUGAGUGUGUGUACGAGUGUGUGUCUGAGGGCGAGACAGGGUUCAAGCUGAAGAAAAGCCUGGACGCUUUCGGGCAAAGGAAGGUUUAACUUAAAUUGCCACUGUAUAGAAAUCAGCUCAUUAUCUCAUUCUCUGUAUCUUUGUUCUGUUUUUUGACUUGGAAAAAAUUAAUAAAAGUUUUACUACA